AUGGGGAAGAAAUCAAGUCAAUCUUCCAUGAAAAUAUCUAAGAAUGACAAGAAACAACAACAUCCCCUCAACGGAUUGAUCAAGAAUUUACGCCCCAAAGUUUACAUCAUCGACUCUUCAAACUUCAAGAAUCUUGUUCAAGAACUCACUGGGAAUGGAAUUGGAAAUGAAAAUCCUUCUGUCUUGAUCUCAUCUCCGCCUCCUCCUUUUGUAUCUACAUCCCCUCCCGUAGAGGAAGUUCGAUCAAUUUUAGAAAUCGAAGAUCAUGCAUAUCAAGAAAAUGGCCUAGAGUUUUCAUUUGACUCAUCAACAUGCUUCAGUACACCAUCAGAAAGCCCGGAUCUACAAUACCGGCCGCCAGAUCCUAUGAAUCAUAUAUUAGAAAAUUCCAAGAACAUGAUUUUUUCAUCACAGUAUGGGGAUAUUGAUUAUGCAUAUCAAGAAAAUAGCCUCCAGUUUUCAUUUGAUUGUAGUUGUACGAAGUCAUGUGGUACGGAUAGCCCGGAUCUCCAAUACAGGCCGCCUGAACCAAUGAAUUAUAAAUUAGAAAAUCCCCAGAAUAUGGAUAUUUCAUCACAGUAUGGAAAUAUUGACUCACUGCUGUUGGAGAUGGAUCAAAUUUCUAAUUACCCUAUUGAUGAUACAUGCUAUGCAAGGAUUCAGCAAGAGGUCUGUGCCUAUGAUUAUGAUUUCUCUGGCUUAAUAUGA